AUGCUGAUACGUCUACAGAAAUUCAAUUAUGAACUGAAUUACGAACGAGUUAAACGCAUGUUUUUGGCGGCCACGUUGUCACGGGCCACACUCCCCGGCACAGGACAAGAACAAAAGCUGGAUUCCAUGAAUGUUGCAUUGGCAGUGACACAGUUCGAGAUGUCUCACAUACGAAUUGCAACUAUUGACGAUCCGAGCAUGCAAGAACUCAAAGGUGUUAUCACUCAUGGUUGA